GUAAUUGGCCGUUCGGUUUCAUCUGGUGUAACGUUUACGUCACGUGCGACGUUUUGGCCUGUUCGGCGUCCAUCAUGCACAUGUGCUUCAUCAGUCUGGGCCGCUAUCUCGGCAUCAGAAACCCCCUGAAGACGAGGCAUAGCACGACGACGAGAACGGUAGUGUUGAGGAUAGCUUUGGUAUGGUUGUUGUCCAUGCUCGUGUCCAGCUCAAUUACAGUAUUAGGUAUCAUAAAUCACGAAAACAUAAUGCCCGAAUCGGGCUCCUGCGUCAUCAACAAUCGAGCGUUCUUCGUGUUCGGCUCGCUCAUAGCCUUUUAUGUGCCGAUGGUCAUCAUGGUGGUGACCUACGCUCUUACGGUUCAGCUGCUUAGGAAGAAGGCGCGUUUUGCCGCCGAACAUCCGGAGAGCGAGCAGUUCCGCAGAUUGGGUGGUAGGUUCGCUCAGAAACACGAUAGGACGCCCACUAUUUCGGGGACGCUGUGGAGGAACGCGGGGAGUGGCGAGAGAUCUCACAGUAACUUACGACUGAAUCUAUCUCACAAUCAAUUACCGUACGCCAAUGGCGGCAAUGGUACCAGACAUAUGUCGAGAUCGAGCCGAGACCAAAGUACGCAAACACCAGAGAAUAUCGCCAAAGAAACGAGAAACUUCAAACUCAGAUCAUUGAAAUUGCAGCUGAAUCACACAACAUCUAAUUUCACCAACUUCCGAUUACUAGCAGGCCGAGUGAAGCGAAAAACCCUAGCCUCAAACUCCGUCGCCACUGAACAGAAAGCCUCUAAAGUCCUCGGCAUCGUUUUCUUCACAUUCGUCUUGUGCUGGUCGCCAUUCUUUAUCCUCAACAUCCUCUUCGCCGUCUGUCCCGACUGCGAAGUUCCCAAAGACGUCGUGGUGGUUUGCCUGUGGCUGGGCUACGUCAGCUCAACUAUAAACCCCAUCAUCUACACGGUGUUCAACAGAACGUUUCGGGCGGCCUUCAUUAGGUUGUUGCUGUGCAGAUGCCGGAGGCUCUCCAGGCCCGUGAGAUACAGAUCCGUGAACGAUAAUCGAGGUGCCACCAGUCUUUGCACCCCUUCAGCGCUUCCUUUGGCUAUCAGUCUACAGGGAACGCCACUACUAACGCCUGCUUCUACUGAUAGCUCUUACGUCAUCAGGACCCCGUCUUCGAACUUUAUCAGGGAAACUUACGAGGAGGCUGAUUGUUAGACCGGGAAAAUUUAAGAUUUCCAAAGUCGUUGAGGUAUUUUCUUCUACUUCGAAUAGUGGAAUUGACUGAUUUUGUAUAUGAUAUAUGCGAUAACAGAAGUGAAGUGUUACAAAUCGUUUUACAGAUAGAGUUUUCAAUGUCGUACUCACUCUUAGUCAAUGGAAUACAAUGAAAAUACAACUUUUUUUUCGUUUUCUCAAACACUGAUAUUUAUUGCUAAGGGGAGAUAUAACUUCUGGGUUAUUAUAUUUCUUCAACAUGCAAUAGCUAUAUUGGGGAAAGGGGUAAAAAGCAAGAAAACGCCGAACUCGAACCCGAAAAUAUGAUCAUCACAUAAUAAUCACAAUAUGUUCAUCAUCAGCUAUGUAUUAUCCAAACUAAUUUAUUGAAACAACUAUAAAAAUAAAAACAACAAUAAAAAAUAAUUGGCGCUCCGGGGCGACUUCA